CGCGCAUUUCGAUGACGUUUCACACACUCUAUAGAAUUCACACGCGAUCAGGACCGUACUUAUUCGUGGAUUGUUUUUAGCAGGUUGAAGAGAGACGUUUACUGAACAUAUUUGUUCUAAACUAGGAUCGAUGUCUUGGGUGAAAGCAGUCCCGUCCUUUGGAGAGGAUGUGUUUGAUGAAGAUAUGGAUGAUGUAAAUCUUCAGCAGAAGGAAUGGAAGAGUAACAUGGAGAAACGGAUCAAGGAUGGAUAUCGAGAUGGUAUGGAUGCAGGCAAAGAGGCUUCGCUUCAGCAUGGGUUCGAUCAGGGUUACAAAGAGGGAGCAUCAAGGAUGGGGGUCAUUGGACAACUCAAAGGAAUUCUCAGUGCCUUGCAGUCAUGGUGCCAGCUUCAAAAAAAAGACUCCAACACCACUGCUAGAGUAAGUCAUCUACUUCAGGAAGUGGACCAGCAGGAGGAACGAAUGACAGAGAAAUUGAAAAAUUGUCAGCAGACCCACAUGGGAGAGUUAACGGACAUCAUUGAAGACAUAGGCAUUGCAAAACCUACACAGGAACCAGACUCUGAAUCUUGCAGCAAUCCCAAAGGGACUGACUAUUGCAAUUCAGGUGGGGAAGCUGGAAAGAACUGUUGCAAGAGUCAAAGCACAAGUUCAGGGUCACACAAAGGGUGUCAGCCAUCAUCAGAAACUGUGAAUGUCACACAACAAAAUCUAGGACAGCUUUUAAGGCAGUGUAUUGAUUUAGUGGGGGAGCUUGGACUUCCAGCAGAGUUGAUGCAACAUAUUCACCAGUUAAUCAGCAUUCCUCUUUAGCACAUAAAUGCAGGACCAUAUUUCUAACUUGUAUAAUAAAGCUCUUAGUAAAGAAUGGUGUUUUUCUCUUUUUUUUUAUAAUUACUCAGUCAUUUGAGUUUGCAAAUCUUCACCUAUCUCUGGUAAUAUCUCCUAAACCAUUUCAUAUAGCAGCUUCAUGUUUGGUUUUUAGAGAAUAAAGACUUGAGGAUAGUGCCUGGUGCUCAUGUAUUCUGUUGUUUUUAUAGGCUGUUUGACUCUCGCACUGUUAACUUCAGGCCCUGUUUUUGACACAAGUGCUUUUUAGUUGGAGAUCAGCUGUAUUCGUAGAUUUUUUUCUCAAUACAGUUCCAUUACAGGUGGUAUCUAGUAGAAAUUUUCACUUACACAUUUUUUUAACAAAUAGAUGCUUUAUGUUCAUUCACAGAAAUUCUCCAU